AUGCCACCAGUUAAACAAGUUUAUGGACAAGAAGAAGCGUCGAAUUGGGAUAAAUUCAAGAUGGGUUUAUUAAUGGGUACAUCUGUUGGUGUCUGCACGGGUGUAUUAUUUGGCGGUUUUACUAUAAUGACCCAGGGUGCGGGACCUGAUGGAGUUGUUAGAACACUAGGUAAAUAUAUUGCUGGUUCUGCGGGUACUUUUGGUCUAUUUAUGUCAAUAGGGUCAGUGAUUCGCAGUGAAACUAAUGAGUAUAAUAAUAGUAAUAUGUUAACAUUAAGACAACAACACGAUUUACAACAAAGAGCUAAAUUUGAAACAUGGCGUAUACGCAAACAGUUUGAACUUUCGCAUAAAUAA